AUGUUCUAUCCGCCGAGCGAAGAUACAUAUCUGAUGGAGGAUGCUCUUAGAGACACGUCUGAACAAGACAUGAAAUGCAUUGUAGAGGUAGGCUCAGGGUCUGGAUACAUAAGCAAUGUUCUCAGACAGUUGUAUCCCACAUCACACAUUAUUAGCACAGAUAUUAACCCAAGCGCAGUAAAAGAAACACAUAGAGUGUGCCAGGGCACUAACACAACUGUUUUGCGCACAUCGAUGAUAGAAGGCAUAAAAUCAAAAAUAGAUAUGGCGGUGUUCAAUCCACCGUAUCUCCCCAGUGAAAGAGAUCAUCUAAAAGGAGAGUGGAUAGACAGAUCCUGGGCAGGCGGCGUGGAUGGCAUGGAAGUAACAAACCAGUUUCUUGAUGCAACUGCACACAUUCGCAUACGGUAUGUUCUUCUAUGCCAGUACAACAAACCGCUGGAAGUGAUAGAAAAACUUAGAAAAACAUGCACAGUGAAAGUCGUAAAGCACCAAAAGAUCCUCAAUGAAAAUCUCUGCGUCAUCAGAAUAGAAAAGCCUGUGUGA